CACCUGGAACAUACAGUCCAGAAAAGGUGAAUUUGGAGAAGGGCCCUCAGUACAGUUUAACCGGCAAAAACCGAAUAGAGAAAUGCAAUGAUACACCAGCACCGGGUGCGUAUUGCCCUGAGAAAGUAAAAUUAGAUCCAUCACCGAAGUUCAGUUUUGGAUUAAAGCCUACUGUGGAGAAACCGAACGAUACACCAGCACCAGGUACUUAUAGUCCAGAAAAAAUGAAUUUAGACAAAGGUCCGCAGUACAGUUUGAGUGGUAAGGGAUUCACUGAAAAGCCCAUAGAUACACCAGCUCCUGGAACGUAUUCUCCGGAAAAAGUAAGAUUAGAUAAUACACCGCAGUAUAGUUUCGGAAUUAGACAUGCCCCGGAUAAACCUAGUGAUACACCAGCACCUGGAACUUACAGUCCAGAGAAAGUAAACUUAGAUAAAGGACCACAAUAUAGUUUAACUGGCAAAGGGCCUGCAGAGAAAUUUAUUGAUACACCAGCACCUGGAACUUAUAGCCCAGAAAAGACAAAUUUGGAUAAAGGACCGCAAUACAGUUUAACUGGCAAAGGAUCCGUUUUGAAAAUUGAUGAUAUUCCUGCACCUGGCACAUACAGCCCCGAAAAAAUAAAUUUGGACAAGGGACCGCAGUACAGUUUAGCCGGAAAAGGAAUGCCGGAAAAAUUAAACGACAAUCCAGGCCCCGCUGAUUAUAAACCAGAGAAAGCUCUAAAUCUGGAACAUAAACCUUAUUACAGUUUUGGUGAUAGAAAAACUUUGGAUAAACCUAAAGAUACACCAGGUCCAACCAAUUAUACUCCAGAGAAAAUUCUAAGUCUGGAACAUAAACCAUAUUUCAGUUUUGGUAAUAGAAAACCCCUUUAUAAGUCCCGCGAUACACCAGGCCCUGAUAAAUACAAUCCAGAAAAAAUUCAACAUUUGGAACAUAAACCUUAUUUUAGUUUCGGUAAUAGAAAGCCUUUGCAUAAGACUAACGAUACACCAGGUAAUCGGAUAAUACAAGUUUGUUUCACAAAAAACAAUAAAAAGAGUAAGGCAGCUAAUUCAUCGAAGAAAGAAGGUUCGCCACAACCUGGUUGUGGUGAUCGACCAGAUCUGGUCUAA